GUCACUGUCCUCCCUGUCAACCGAGUGAGCCUGGACCCUGCGACUCUAGGAAAGUACCAUCCCUCCACCACCCGGUGGGUAUUAAUGCAGAGCUUUCUGAAGCGGGUAGGGCACAACUUCAACAAGGUGCUGCUCGCGGACGUGAGGGAUACCGGGUUCCAGUCCGACCCGUUCAGCAUCGUGAGCGAGGCAGGGCUGUGGACCUUCAGUGAGUCUGUCAACAUCAUGGGAGAUGACUGGAACACCGGGUGGAUCCGGAGCUGCUUCGGGCAAGGAAAGGUGGACGAGCUAGCGUCCAAGGAGAUCAUCUGCUCAGGGAUCAGCCUCGGCACGACCAUGCACGUGCAGUCGUACCUCGACGCCAUGGCCAAGGAGAUCAACGGGCCCAACUUCGCAGCUUGCGAGCGCAACGGGGUGGACCAGGGGAUACACAAUGUUCUAGUCCACCAGGGCUCGCUGCCAGGGCUGCACGUCUUGGAUCAGUACAACGGUCCCGUAGCUCACCUGCAGAGCAAGGUUGGGAUGAGCUUCAACAACGACGUGGUCAUCAACUCAAGGAACGAGAGGGCUGUCAUAGUGCACCAGUACGACAGGGACGUCUUUGUCAUGAGAAAGUUCUUCAGGCAAUUCGUC